AUGCCAGCCGAGGCGCUCCGCCCUCUCCCGCCCUGGGUUAAUCCCGAGCCCUGCAGAGGAGCCGGGACAGUCUCCCAGACCCGACGGACGGAGGAGGUGCGGGAAGGACCAGCGCUCGGUGGCGGGAUGGAGGAACCCUCGAGCACCCAGGAGCUGCCGUCGCCGCCCCCGCCCCCGUCGCCGCCGUCGCCCGCGGCCCCCGAGACCCCCGGGUUCCCGGUGCCUGAGCAGCCGACCGAGGCCUAUGCACAGCAGCUACUGCUGCAGGAAUGGGCGCCGCCGGGAGGGAGCCUGGAGCUGCCCCCGCGCCUCACCUGGAAGCUCCUCUUCCUGCAGCGGCCGCUCUACCGCAACCUGCUCCGCUCUCCCAACCCCGAAGGCAUCAACAUUUAUGAGCCAGCGCCCCCCACUGGUCCCACACAGCAACCCCUGGAGACUCUGGGCAAUUUCCGAGGCUGGCACAUUAAGACGGAGAAGCUCCAGCAGGGCCUCAGCUGGACCGUGAAGCAGCAGCGUGUGGACCUGCUGGCGGAGGGCUUGUGGGAGGAGCUGCUCGAUGUUGAGCAGCCACACAUCACGGUCAUGGACUGGUAUGAGGACAGCCGACUGGACGUGUGUGUGUAUGAGCUGCACGUCUGGCUGCUGGCAGCUGACCGCCGCACAGUCAUCGCCCAGCACCACGUGGCCCCUCGGACCUCUGGGAGAGGCCCCUCUGGCCACUGGGUCCAGGUGUCCCACGUAUUCCGCCAGUACGGCCCUGGCGUCCGCUUUGUCCACUUCCUGCACAAGACCAAGAACCGGAUGGAGCGCGGUGGGCUGCUGCGGACGAGGGUGACCGACUCCUCCGUGUCUGUGCAGUUCAGGAAGUGA